AUGACUGAGGCCACCGUCCUCCUCCUGCGUGCCUGCCUGGUGCUGCUCGCCUCGCCCAUCUACAUCCUAUCCUUCCUGGGCAUAUGGGAGCCCUUCUGCAGGAAGAUCUUUUUCCCUUUCUUCAUAGAGAAUAUGUGUGCAGUUCACGAAAAGAAAACAAAGAAGCGGAAGCAGGACCUCUUUAGUAAUCUACCCGACUUCAAGAGCCGCUCAGGGGAGCUGAAGCUGCUGGAGAUCGGGACCGGCUGCGGCGCAAAUUUCCAGUUCUACCCACCGGGCUGCAAAGUCACGUGCACGGACAUAAACCCCAACUUCCAGCAAGGCCUUUCGAGGAGCAUGAACAAGAACCAGCACCUCCACUACGAGCGUUUCCUUGUAGCAGCAGGGGAAGACCUGCACCAGGUGCCCAGCGGCUCUGUGGACGCCGUCGUCUGCACCUUGGUCCUCUGCUCCGUGCAGAACGUGACCGGCACCUUGAAGGAGGUACAGCGAGUGCUCAGACCAGGAGGUGCUUUCUACUUCUUGGAGCACGUGGCCGCCGACCAUUCCAGCUGGAAGUAUUUUUGGCAGCAGGUCUACUACCCAACUUGGAAACUCGUCUUUGAUGGAUGCUGCCUAACGAGAGAGCUGUGGAAAAAUCUCGAACAGGCCAACUUCUCGCAGCUGAACUUAGAGCACAUAAACGUCGAGCUGCCCUGGACGCCCAUCACGCCUCACAUCAUCGGGUACGCUGUGAAGUAA